AUGUCAGUAAAAAUAUUUUACAUAUAUUCAGUUUAUCAUUUGUUCUAUCUAUCUAUCUAUCUAUCUAUGUUCAUAUUUAUCUAUCUAUCUAUAUUAGUCUAUUCAUAUCUAUCUAUCUAUCUAUCUAUCUAUCUAUCUAUCUAUCUAUCUAUCCCGUUCUUUCCCUAUCUAUCUAUCUAUCUAUCUAUCUAUCUAUCUAUUUAUCUAUCUGUUCAUAUUUAUCUAUCUAUAUUAGUCUAUUCAUAUCUAUCUAUCUAUCUAUCUAUCUAUCUAUCUAUCUAUCUAUGUUCAUAUUUAUCUAUUUAUAUUAGUCUAUUCAUAUCUAUCUAUCUAUCUAUCUAUGUUCAUAUUUAUCUAUCUAUCUAUAUUAGUCUAUUCAUAUCUAUCUAUCUAUCUAUCUAUCUAUCUAUCUAUCUAUCUAUCUAUCCUAUUCGUGAAUUUUUAUUGCUGAUAAUAUUUUUUAUCUAUCUAUCUAUCUAUCUAUCUAUCUAUCUAUCUAUCUAUCUAUCUAUAUUGGACGUCUCAUUGGGAAGGGGUGGGAGGCUUAACACUCUGCAGAGAUGCAGUGGGCGAAAAAAGAUAAGAAAAGGACGAAGAAAAACAAGAUGGCCGAAAAUGUGA